CUUCGUCCAAACCUCAGAACAGAUAUGGGUACAAAAUCGAUUGUCUGGAAAAAAACAUCACAUCCUCUUCGACUUUCCAAAUUAUCUGAAGGACAAUUCCUGAAGAGAUUGGUCAUCUUCAUAACUUGAAGGAUUUAAUCAUGGCAAACAAUAGAUUAACAGGCCCAAUCCCUUUAACCAUAUUCAACAUUUCAUCACUUGAAAAUUUAUUUAUGGGUGAUAACAUGCUUGAAGGACCUUUACCAAGAGAGAUUGGAAAUUCGAGUAUGCUUGUCUGGCUUGAUUUUGCAUUUAAUAACCUAACAGGAAUAAUUCCACAUGAAGUCGGUAAACUUAAAGAGUUGGAGUACCUUUCAUUAUCUUACAAUAAUUUUAAUGGGUCAAUCCCUAUUGGCAUCUUCAAUAUCUCAUCUCUUGUAAGUAUUAACCUCGACCAUAACCACAUUUCAGGUAACCUUCCUUCCACCAUAGGCAACAGGUUACCCAAUGUUGAAGAAAUUUUUCUAAAUGGAAACUACAUUAAUGGUGUCUUACCUGCUUCCAUCUCAAAUUUGUCUAAGCUUACAAUUCUAAGCCUCGUCAAUAAUGAAUUUACGGGUUCAAUUCCUGAUUCUCUAGGAAAUUUAAGACUACUUGAAGUUCUCAACUUGUAUGGUAACUCCUUCACAAGUGAAUCGGGCGUUAUUACUCCUUUGAAAAAUUUUAACCACUUGAAAAGAUUGAUAUUGUCUUUCAAUCCUUUAAAUGCAAUGCUUCCGGAAUCCAUCGGCAAUCUCUCUUCUCUUCAAACGUUUGUGGCAGUAGGCUGUAACCUCAAAGGCAAUAUUCCAAGUGAGAUUGGAAAUUUGAGAAAUGUAUCUACUUUGGCGCUGGAUGGUAAUAAGUUUACUGGAAUUGUCCCGACAACAAUAAUUUCUUUGAAAAACCUCCAACGGCUUUCACUUGGUGCAAACAGAUUAAGUGGCCCUUUCCCAACUAAUUUAUGUGAGCUACCAAAGUUAGGCAUGCUAAUCCUUUCACAAAAUCAAAUGUGGGGAAAUAUUCCUACUUGCUUGGGGAAUGUGACUUCCCUAAGAGAGGUUUAUCUUGAUUCCAAUAACUUCACUUCUAGCAUACCCUCAAGUCUAUGGAAUCUCAAAGACAUCAUGACGCUGAACAUCUCUUCUAAUUUCUUUACUGGUUCUCUACCCCUAGAAGUUGGAAACCUCAAGGCUGCAAUAUCUUUGGAUCUCUCCAGAAACCAUAUUUCAGGCAACAUUCCAAGUACAUUGGGAGGUUUACAGAAAUUGAUUCAACUAUCUUUGGCUCAUAAUAGAAUUGAAGGAUCUAUUCCUGAGACAUUUGGAGAACUCAUAAAUUUGGAAGCAUUGGAUCUUUCAUAUAACAAUAUGUCUGGUGUGAUUCCAAAGUCAUUAGAGAAACUUAAGCACCUAGGCUCCUUUAAUGUCUCAUUCAACAGGUUACACGGGGAAAUUCCGAAUGGAGGACCUUUUGUUCAUCUCCCUUAUCAGUCUUUCAUGUCGAAUGAAGGAUUGUGUGGUAAUCCUCAAAAGCAUGUCCUACCUUGUCCUUCUAAUUCAAAGAAUCAUUCUAAUUCAAAGAAGAAAAGACUAAUAUGGAUUGUAGUUGCCUCUUCAGUGAUCUUUGUAAUAGGGCUUGCCUCAGCAAUAAUUUUCGUGUUGAUGAGACGUCGGCAUAAAACAGUCAAUGCUGAAGAUGAGUGUUUGCCUGAGGUAGCACCACAAAGAAUUUCUUACUAUGAACUUCAAAGAGCAACCCAGGGCUUUGACGGAGAUAACUUGCUAGGUAGUGGAAGUUUUGGUUCUGUUUAUAAAGGAACUUUGGCAGAUGGGAUGAUAGUAGCUGUUAAAGUUUUCAAUGUGCAGAUGGAAGGUACAUUUCAAACCUUUGAUAGAGAAUGUGAAAUUUUACGGAAUCUUCGUCACAGAAAUCUCACCAAGAUCAUUAGCAGCUGUUGCAACUUGGAUUUUAAAGCAUUGAUACUUGAGUACAUGCCAAAUGAGAGCUUAGACAAGUUGCUAUAUUCUCGAGAUUAUUGUUUAAACAUAAUGCAAAGAUUGAAUAUCAUGAUCGAUGUUGCAUCUGCUCUGGAAUAUCUCCAUCAUGGUUACACAGUACCGGUUGUUCACUGUGAUCUGAAGCCUAGCAAUGUGUUACUUGACAACAACAUGGUGGGACACCUGACUGACUUUGGUAUUGCAAAACUUUUAACUAAGGAAGAAUCUAUUGCUCAUACAACAACCUUUGCCACAAUUGGUUACAUUGCUCCAGAGUAUGGUUUGGAAGGCCUUAUAUCCAAGAGGUCUGAUGUUUAUAGUUAUGGUAUCAUGUUGCUCGAAACCUUUACAAAGAAGAAACCUAAUGAUGAAAUGUUCACGGGAGAUUUAAAUUUGAGAAGCUUCGUGCAUAAUUCGCUUCCUGAUCAGUUGGACCAGAUCAUAGAUGCCGACUUACUAACAUCUGAUGAGCAAAACUUAAGUCAAAAGUUGCAAUGUGUGUCAUCCAUCAUGGAGUUAGCCAUGAAUUGCACAGCUAAUAUUCCAGCUGAAAGGAUGAACAUGACUGAUGUUGUAGCAGCAUUAGAAAAGAUCAAACAGAAGCUUUCUUCUUGUUAUUGAAUGUCCUAAACCCAUGACAUCAGGUAAUUGUGUGGCUAUUGGAAGUAAAAAGGAUGGAAGCUCUUUACUGAGCUUCACAAGAAGUUAUUACAACUCUGGAGACUAUUGUUAUGAAAAGCUGCUGAUAGUUUGUCUACUGUUUUCUUUUGCUUGAUGAUCUGUAUUUGUUUUAAGAAUAUAAACUUUAUCCUCCAAUUUUGUUCAUAACCAUAA